AUGGUGCUCCACAAGGCCAUUCAGGCAGCUCGUGAAGGGAACGUGGAGGCUCUGAGGGCCCUGCAUGAGUCCAGAUGCCUCAGUCCGACCAUCACGGAUGCUCAGGGAGCUUCACCCGUUCACCACGCCGCCCGCUGCGGCCAGCUGGACUGCCUCCAGUUUCUGGUGAAAGAGGCUCAUUUACCCUGCCACAUCCGCACCAAAAACGGAGCGACGCCUGCUCAUGAUGCUACUGUCACAGGGCAUGUACGGGAGCUGGAGUGGCUGCUGAGACAGGGGAAUUGUGGGAUUGAGGAUCAUGAUGGCGAGGGAGCUACGGCCCUGCACCUGGCUGCCAGGUUUGGCCACGCGGAGGCAGUGCAGUGGCUGCUGUCGGAGGGAAGCAGCACUGAGGCGGAGACCGACUGCGGAGCUCUUCCUCUUCAUUAUGCCGCAGCCAGUGGAGACCUCACCUCCCUCAAAUUACUCAUGUCUAACUACCCGCGGUAUGUGGACCGUCAGACAGGAACUGGGGCCACCCCACUAUAUCUGGCCUGUCAGGAGGGGCAUCUACAUGUGGUUGAAUACUUGGUGAAGGAUUGUGGGGCAAACGUCCAUUUGCAGGCCAAGGAUGGCAUGAGUGUUCUUCAUGCAGCUGCCCACAUGGGACACUAUGCACUGGUGGUCUGGCUAGCCACUUUCACAGACCUGGACCUGUCCUGUCAGGAUAAGGAUGGAGCCACAGCACUGCACUUUGCUGCUAGCGAGGGCCACCAUCGCAUUGUGGAUCGUCUUUUGAUAAUGGGAGCGAGUGUCAUAAAAGACCACUGGGGUGGGACCCCUCUGCACGAUGCAGCUGAGAAUGGAGAACUGGAGUGCUGCCGGGUGCUGCUGAAUAAUCACAUCAGCCCACUGGAGAGAGAUUUGGAUGGCUUUACUGCAGCGGAUCUGGCAGAGUACAACGGCUAUCAUGACUGUGCCAAUUUCAUCCGUGCCAGUGAUGCUCAUUCUGUAGAUGGUUUCCCUGCACCAGAUGUUUUACUUAUAGAGGAAGAAAGGACCUUAUUUAGCACAACUGACCCCUACCAGGAUAUUAAGCACCUGUCCAAUACCAGAAUGGACAGCAUCAAGCCGGUGAACGAGGUGCCUCCCCAACCUCGACUCUCUCCACCAGACCCGGAUGCAUCAUCUGCGUUCCCUGUCUCCUCACAGGGCAACAGAGCUGGGUCUGGAACCAUUCAGCACAUGCAAGUGGCCUCUACAGAUGAGAUUACAGUUGUGACCUCAUUCAACAUGAGGAAACAUGUUGAGGAAGAGCAGACAAUUCUUUCCAACAAAUCAAUGAGGUCGUUGAGACAAGCAGGGAUCACAGCCAUCUUCACUGGACAAGCUUUUAAUAAAGGAGAAAAUGAAGAUGUUUUGCUUUCAGCAUUGAAGGAAAACCUUGCUGACAUUGAUUCUCUGAUCCCUACUCAUGAUGUGAACGGGAGGCCCAUUGCUGAAUGGAAGAGGCAAGUUAUGGUGCGCAAGCUUCAGGCUCGACUACAGGAUGAUGACAACCAGAGCAUAAAAGAUGAGAGUAACAAGUUUGUGGAAGUGGAUGGUUGGAGGUACUCCCAAGCACACAAUGUCAUUCUGGGUCCCUUUGGCGAGUUGCUUACUGAAGAUGACUUGGUCUACCUGGAGGGACAGAUUGAAACCAUCUCCCUUCAGAAACGCUGCCAGGCCUAUGAGUUUGAGCUUAGCCGACUGGCAGAGGAACUCAAAGCCGUCCUUCCCGAUCCCAUCAUCAAUAUCAUCGUAGAUACGGAGUGCCACCAGCGACCGAAAGUGGGGGAAUCUCUGCCUCUUCCUGUGUGGUACAAUCGUAUCUCAAAUAUCGUGAAGAGCAUGUCCCUGCUGCUGUCCAACCUCUCAGAAACAAAUGGAGAAGACGGCAUCUGUAAGAUGCCAAACACAGAUCUUGCGUCAGUCUUCACAUACCAUUCAGAGAGGCGAAGUUGUAACAGAGGAAGAAGGCAGAAGGUUGAACUGGAGAUUCAGCAGUCAGGAGUUUCUGUAAAAAAUUUGAGAUCAAACUUUGAGAGUCAGCUGGGUAACAUUUAUCCAUUUGCUGGGCUUAUAAACAACGCAGCUCACUCAGACCUAAGGCAGCAAAAACUGUCUACUUCAACAAAUUGUCAAGAGCAGUCUGCAGGGACAAUCCAAAGCACCGGCAUAAAUCACGCUAAUGACAAGGGCAUAAAAUGCAAACAGACACCUGGCAAAGAUUCAGCUGAAGUGAUAGAGACAACCUGCUUGCGAAAGGAACGCAUUGUCGUGUUAUUUUUGAGCCAUUGGAAAAAGUCUGCAUAUGCAAUAUCAAUGAGAGCCAAAAUGAAACAAGAUCUUGAGAGCUGUUUGACAAGUGAAGCAAUAACCGCUCCAGUCUCCAAGCCAGGGACCAGAUCAUUGUAUCAUCUCUACAGGCAGAGAAGUGCAAUAGACAAGAUGAUUGGCAAUUGGAAACGUGUUGCCUCUGGGGUCCCUUCACGACAGAUCCGAAGCCUACAGAGAAAGCGUGUGACCUACUCACCCGAGCAGUUCCUUCCCCGCGUGAAUGGUGCUCCUGUUGCGUAUGACACCCUGACUCUCGAGCUUUUUAUGCUCGGUUACUUUCACAUUCUCGAACAGGACCUCUCAGCCGAGGAACGAAAGAUGAGGCACCUGUUAUGCUUUGAAGUUUUUGACCAUGUAGGGAAUUUUCCUUGGGAAACAGUCCGAGAGUUUCACCGGGCUGUCCUCAAGGAUAUUGAGGCUGGGAGACGUGAGUGGAAAGAUGGUUUUGAGCACACCAAAGCACAAUACUUUGGGAAAAGAGAACGUGGGACGAUCUGUGCUGAGGUCACGCCGAAUGUCAUAGGUGAAAAUCCCAUACUGGAGGAUGAAGGACGUCCCAGUAGAGAUGAAAGCAAUGACUUCUCAAUGUUUUGUAAUGAUGAAAUUUGCAAAUAUAUUGAUCGUAGUUUCACCUUUUGGAAGGAGAAAGAAGCAGAGUUGUUUGAUUUCUGAAGUUUGAAUGAUGUGAUAGCGAUACUGAGCCGCAUUUAAACACAAACAAAUGCUGUUGAGAUAUGUAAUAAUAUGACAACCAAGCCAAUAAAAUUAAGUUACAAGCUUUAAUCUCAAUCUGCAAGAGACUUACUUUUGUUCAGUGGUUUGUAAUGAAACAUCUGAUAAAACUUAAAUACUACAUAUGCAUUAUGAUCAGGACCUGGCCAUAUACGUAAAUGCCCUACAACCAUGUAUUUUGAUGUGUGCUUUAUUCUUUAA